GCGCUCACAAAAUAAACUGCCAGCCACAUCACAUGCACUCUUCUGUCUGAGGUGCGUUGAGUGGACAUCGGACCUACUGAGGAAGUUGUGAACCGUUUUGGAUUCAUUGUUCUAUUAGAGGAGUCAAUUAUUGACCAAUGAUAAAGUCAUCAAUUUGGAAUUCAGACAGACACGAUAAGAGCAAUGUUGUGUCUUCAGGACUCUGAAGACUGUCUGGUGGACCAGACGCAGUACAUGAGGUCCCUGCAGGACCUGAAGCACAUGAGCCGACCGCUGAGCGAUCCCUCUGGCCGCUCCUAUGCCAUGACCCGUGCCUGCCAGCAGAGGGCUCAGCAGCGGGAGCGCCUGUCACGCCUCCGUAGGCCCAUCUCUGAGGCCAGUACUUACGACUCAGCUUGCUGCCUGGCCAGCCCCAUGGAGGAGGAGGAGCAGGAAGGGCAGAAGCGGUUAAUGCAGGGUUCCCCCAGCAGUGACAAGAGUCUGGAGUUUGACUCGGGCUACUCUGAGGCAUCCUGGCAGGACGAGGAUGUGGUGCUCAGGAGGACCAGGAACGUACGUGUGUCUAACUCCGCCUGCCUCCGCACCAACCGGGGAGUGGGUCCCGCCGGCCGGAUCCGGCCCAAAUCCACUUCUGACGCUUGUCUGGAGCGCUGGACGUCAUUUGAGGCGAGCAGCGACCCAGAAGACUGGACCACGUCACUGCUGAGCCGCAGCAGGAACAGACAGCCCUUGGUGCUGGGGGACAACAGCUUCGCUGACCUCAUUAAGAACUGGAUGGACCUGCCAGAGUGUCCUGAGCCAGCAGAACCCAAGCCCCAUGCAGGCCGGCGCCUGGCAAAGGACCUCCUGGUCAACAUGAGGAGGAAGCUGGCAGGGAUGUCUAAGAGCGUGGAGAUGAGGGCCAGACCAGCAGACAGCACCAGGGUCAGCAGGGCCGCGGUGGCCCCCAAACGCAUGUCCUGCCCCGUGGGCUUCCAGCCACGCAAACCGUUCUUUCACCAGUCCCACACAGGCCUGCACCAACUGGGAACAGACUUCUACCAGUUCACUGCUCUCAUGAAGACAGGCAGCCGACAACCUAUCAUAUGCAAUGACAUUAUCGGGUACGUCUGAUUGGAGUGAUGUCAAAACUACAGAUUCUUAACACAGAUUUACAUAAUGUUAUUUAAUUUUUUUAUAUGUGCUUUAUGUUUAAAUAAUGUUGAAAUUGUUACAAUAAAAAUGUUUGUCUAUUGAAAAUA